UGGGGAAGAAGAUUAGCUGACUGCAGGGAAGGGUUUUUCUUAAUCCUUUGGGGGAGCAAACAAAAUGUCAAAUUGGUUCUCUUUCUUUAUUUGGGAAGCCGUGUAUUUUGCGCAAUAAAGUCAAUUCCCCUGUUUUCUAGAGAGCCGAAUAUACCACAGUAGCAGACAGGAAUACUGCUGUUUCAAAACUUCAAAAACUUGCAGCGUUGAUCUGGGGUUUGGUUGAAAAUCCCAUAUUUGUUUGCAAGAUUAGAGAUUUCUGCAACUCGGAUUUGUAAUUCUUGACAUCCUGAGGACCCGAUUGCCUUUUCUAAUUGUUCGUUGUCAUUGUUCAAAUGGGUUGUUGUGGAAGCAAGCACGAGCACAGAUAUUCACAUCCAGAUGGUAAUGACCAUAGAUCAGGUGAGCCUUUUGCUCCGGUGAGGCCUACCCAACAGAAUUAUCAUCAACAACAGCAGGUUGAAUCCCAGAAAGUGUCUGUUCCUCAGCCUCAAGUCCCACAACCACGGGAGCCACAGCCGACUCAGGAACAGGUUAAAGCUACACGCACAAGCCCCAGGCCUCUUCAAAAGAAGCAGGAGACAAUCCUUGGCAAGCCUUUUGAUGAUAUCACUCAAUUCUAUAAUCUAGGUAAAGAAUUGGGUAGAGGGCAAUUUGGCAUAACUUAUUUGUGCGCUGAGAAUUCUACUGCGAACGCUUAUGCUUGCAAAUCAAUCUUGAAGAGGAAGCUGACCAGCAAUCAAGACAGAGAAGAUGUGAAGAGAGAGAUACAGAUCAUGCAGCAUUUAUCUGGGCAGCAGAACAUUGUGGAAUUCCGGGGUGCUUAUGAGGAUAAGCAAUCUGUGCAUGUUGUGAUGGAGCUUUGUGCUGGUGGGGAGCUGUUUGAUCGGAUUAUUGCUCAGGGGCAUUACUCUGAGAGAGCUGCUGCGGAAAUUUGUCGUUCAAUAGUAAAUGUGGUCCACAUUUGCCAUUUCAUGGGAGUGAUGCAUCGUGAUCUCAAGCCGGAAAAUUUCUUGUUGUCUAGCAAGGAUUCCGGAGCCAUGUUGAAGGCAACAGAUUUUGGUUUGUCUGUCUUCAUUGAGGAAGGAAAGGUGUACCAUGAUAUGGUAGGUAGUGCUUACUAUGUUGCUCCAGAAGUGUUGCGGCGUAGUUAUGGGAAAGAAAUUGACAUCUGGAGUGCUGGAGUUAUUUUGUAUAUUCUACUUAGUGGUGUCCCUCCUUUUUGGGCUGAAACUGAAAAGGGAAUAUUUAAUGCCAUUUUGAAGGGAGAAAUAGACUUUCAAAGUGAUCCAUGGCCAAAAAUAUCAGAAAGUGCUAAAGAUCUAGUCAAGAAAAUGCUGACCAUGGACCCAAAAAAGCGGAUAACUUCAGCACAAGUUCUUGAGCAUCCUUGGAUUAGAGAAGGUGGAGAAGCAUCAGACAAGCCAAUAGAUAGUGCUGUUCUCUCCAGAAUGAAGCAAUUCAGAGCAAUGAAUAAGCUCAAGAAGCUUGCUUUGAAGGUUAUUGCAGAAAAUCUAUCUGAGGAAGAAAUCAAAGGUCUUAAGGCAACGUUCUCAAACUUGGACACUGACAAAAGUGGCACAAUCACCUAUGAGGAAUUAAAGACGGGUUUAGCUCGUCUAGGAUCAAGGCUCUCUGAAGCUGAAGUCAAGCAACUAAUGGAAGCUGCUGAUGUGGAUGGAAAUGGAACGAUUGACUACAUUGAAUUCAUCACGGCAACCAUGCAUAGAUACAAACUGGAAAGAGAUGAACACCUAUAUAAAGCAUUUAAGCAUUUUGACAAAGAUAACAGCGGGUAUAUUACAAAGGAUGAGCUGGAAACUGCCAUGAAAGACUAUGGAAUGGGUGAUGAAGACAGCAUCAGGGAAAUAAUCUCUGAGGUUGAUUCAGAUCAUGAUGGGAGGAUCAACUAUGAGGAGUUCUGCACAAUGAUGAGAAGUGGUCUGCAACAAACUGAAAAGCUCUGCUAGGUCUAACUGAUGGAGGCAGAGAUUCCAUUGCCAAGUAAAAACCAAGCUCCUGCAUGAGAUAACUGAGUAAGCAGAAAUGAGGCAGUUUCACCUGAAGGCAUGAGAUAGAUUGUUGUCUGGGAUCAUUUCAUUUACAGAGGCCUUUGAUACCCUAAUGUUGGAAAUUUGAUAGUAUCAAUUGAGGUUGUCU